AUGGUAGCAGUCGCCGCCAGCGAGUUCUCCGUCGUACAGUCCAUCACAACAUCAAGCACCGGCUUCACCGUCCCCUCGGUAAACUUCCAGCCAUCCUGGCCCCGGACCAUCACCGACAUAAACUCCCCAGAGAACAAGCUUUCCUCCGUCUCUUCUAUCCGCACGAAUACCCUCAGUCCCUCGGUCCACGUCCGCGAUAACAACCUCGGCCAUCCCCCGUUGGCGUUGCCGGUAGACCGGAAGUAUCCACCAUGCACCAUCAAGUAUCGACACAUGGCGCGCACAUCAAAAUACCCAUAA